GACUGAAUUGUUCGUGCGGAUCACAUGACAGCCUGGGAACCUCCUGUCUCUAAUCACAGAGUUUGCUCUCACCGUUAUUACUGUUAGGAGAAGAUGGCGGAAGAGAGGGAACCCCCACCGUUGGCAGAUGCAGGACAGACAGACUUUAUAGAAGUGGAGGAUGGAGAAGACCUUUUUGAAAGCGCCGUCACUACAAUAGAACAGUCCAGAUCCAUAUCUCCAGAGCCAGCUAGCUUGCCUGCAGAAGACAUCAGCACAAACACCAAUGGACCUAAACAAGAAAUAUUAUUAGAUGAUGACCAAGAGGACCUCUUUCCUGAAGUAACAGAGGAAGUGCCUUUGGACAGUCCAGAGAGGGAACCCAUCCUAUCUGAUGGCCCUUCUCCUGCCAUCACACCAGUCACUCCCACAGGAAUCAUCACUCCUACAGUCGAAGACUUUGGGUCUUUAGAUGAGGAUGAAGAAGCUGAGGAGAAGGGGGACACCUUUGAUAUGCAGAUAAAAGUAUCUGACCCAGAGAAAGUGGGUGAUGGAAUGAAUGCUUAUAUGGCAUAUAAAGUGUCCACCAAGACAUCCCUGAACCUUUUCAGCAGAAAUGAGUUUUCUGUGAAAAGGAGAUUCAGUGAUUUCCUGGGUCUGCAUAGCAAACUGGCUUCUAAGUACAUGCACAUUGGCUACAUAGUCCCUCCGGCACCAGAGAAAAGCAUCGUGGGAAUGACAAAAGUCAAGGUCGGAAAAGAGGACUUGUCAUCUGCAGAAUUUGUAGAGAAAAGAAGAGCUGCUUUGGAAAGGUAUCUGAUGAGAACAGUAAAUCAUCCUGCUCUGCUAAAAGACCCUGAUGUCAUUCAGUUCUUGGAAAACACAGAGCUGCCGCGAGCAGUUAGCACCCAGGCACUGAGUGGGGCUGGAAUAUUGAGGAUGGUAAACAAAGCGGCCGAUGCUGUCAACAAAAUGACAAUCAAGAUGAAUGAAUCGGAUGCGUGGUUUGAAGAGAAACAACAGCAGUUUGAGAAUCUCGACAUCCAGCUCAGAAAACUACAUGCCAGUGUGGAAUCAUUAGUUUUUCAUAGGAAAGAGCUAUCGGUGAACACUGCAUCGUUUGCAAAGAGUGCCGCCAUGCUGGGAAAUUCGGAGGACCACACAGCUUUGUCACGGGCCCUUUCGCAGCUUGCUGAGGUGGAGGAGAAGAUUGAUCAGCUGCACCAAGAACAGGCCUAUGCCGACUUCUGCGUGUUCUCUGAGCUACUUGGCGACUACGUACGACUUAUCACAGCUGUGAAGGGUGUGUUUGACCAGCGCAUGAAAAUGUGGUCCAAAUGGCAGGAUGCUCAGCUCAUGCUGCAACGGAAGAGAGAAGCUGAGGCUAAGCUACAGUAUGCCAACAAGCCCGACAAGCUCCAGCAGGCCAAGGAUGAAAUAAAGGAGGAGAUUGAGGAGUGGGAAGCUAAAGUACAGCAGGGAGAAAGAGAUUUUGAUCAGAUAUCGAAGAACAUUCGCCGGGAAGUUGGGAGAUUCGAGAAACAAAGAGUGAAGGACUUCAAAGUUGUCAUCAUUAAGUACCUAGAAUCACUUGUACAUACACAGCAGCAGCUGAUAAAGUACUGGGAAGCCUUCUUACCUGAAGCCAAAGCUAUAGCAUGAGUGGGCAAACUCCUGUGCAAAAGCACUGGGGCCAAUUGCUAUUCUUUUCUUAAUUUUUAUGUACAACAUAAUCAUUCAGUGCAGAUGCAUGGACAUAAUGACCACUUAAAAAACACUAUAAUAAAACACUAUAAAUCUUUUAAUUCCUAAGUACAUACUUUUUUUUCCUGUCUUAAAAUUGAUCACUU